AUGCCAGGAGGUGGGAUUGUUGCCGUCACCGGCACGACUGAUGUUAACCGUGUUGAGGCUCCCGUUACUGUUCGGGCUUACCUGAUUGUCGCAUUCGCUGCGUUUGGUGGAAUCUUUUUUGGAUAUGAUACAGGUUGGAUGGGCGGUGUCCUCAAUAUGGAUUACUUCAUCCAGCAAUACACUGGAGCCGAGUAUCCAGACGUCAAAUACCCUGGUCUUGCAUCGACGGACCAAACGAUCAAGGAUUAUCGCAACUCAACCUUUGUCGUCGCUCCAUGGCAACAAUCUCUUGUAACAUCUAUCCUUUCUGCUGGUACCUUUUUUGGUGCUAUCAUGGCUGGUGACAUCGCUGACUUUAUCGGACGUCGUAUGACUAUCAUCAUGGGCUGCGGAAUCUUUGUUGUUGGUGGCAUCCUCGAGACUGCCUCCACUGGUCUUGGUGUCAUGGUUGCUGGGCGACUCAUUGCUGGUUUCGGUGUGGGUUUCAUCUCAUCCAUCGUCAUCUUGUACAUGUCCGAGAUUGCACCCAAGAAGGUCCGUGGUGCCGUAGUUGCCGGCUACCAAUUCUGCAUUACCAUCGGUAUUCUACUCGCAAACUGCGUGGUGUACGCCACUCAGAACAGACGCGACACUGGUUCCUACCGUAUUCCGAUUGCUGUCCAGUUUCUUUGGGCUAUCAUCCUCGCCGUUGGUCUCGCCCUCCUACCAGAGUCCCCUCGUUAUUGGGUCAAGAAGGGCAAGCUCGACAAGGCCGCCUCUGCCCUUGGCCGUGUCCGUGGCCAACCUCUUGACUCUGAAUAUAUCCAGGAUGAACUCGCUGAGAUCAUUGCCAACCACGAAUACGAGAUGUCCGUAGUCCCUCAGCACAGCUAUAUCGGUUCGUGGAUGGCCUGCUUCAAGGGCAAGCUCUCCUCGCCCUCAUCCAACGCCCGCCGUACUACACUUGGUAUCUUUAUGCAGGCUAUGCAGCAGCUGACUGGUAUCAACUUCAUCUUCUACUUCGGACCUGUUUUCUUCCAGCAGCUCGGCUCAAUCAGCAAUCCUUUCCUCAUCUCCCUUGUUACGACCCUUGUCAACGUGCUGUCCACGCCUGCCUCGUUCAUCAUGGUUGAGAAGAUUGGAAGACGUCCGCUACUUGUCUUUGGAGCCGCUGGUAUGGUCAUCAUGCAAUUUAUCGUUGGAGCUAUCGGAGCAACCGCUGGCAAGAACACUGCCGAUCACCCGGCCAAUCCAAACGCCACCCGUGCCAUGAUUGCAUUUAUUUGCCUGAACAUCGCUGUCUUCGCCACCACCUGGGGACCUUGCGCCUGGAUUGUCAUUGGCGAAAUCUUCCCUCUGACCAUCCGAUCUCGCGGUGUCGGACUCUCCACGGCUAGCAACUGGUUCUGGAACUGCAUCAUCGGUAUCAUCACUCCCUACCUCGUUGCCGACCGUGACGACUCUGCUCGUCUUGGAUCCAACGUCUUCUUCCUGUGGGGCUCGCUCUGCUGCGUUUCUUUCCUAUUCGCCUUUUUCUUCGUUCCCGAAACCAAGGGUCUCACCCUUGAGCAAGUCGACAAGAUGUUGGAGGAGAGUACUCCCCGCACCUCCCGCAAGUGGAAGCCCCACAGCACCUUCGCUGGCGAAAUGCAUCUUGCUGAGAAGCACAUCGAGAUCCCUCUUGAGAACAUUGCUGCUAAGCACGAAACCUCUACCGUCUAA